UGGGAAGCGGAGCUGUGGUGCUGCGGGUGCAGCAAGUAGAAGCUGUUCUAACUUGAUACCCGCUCGGCUGCUCCUUUCUCGACCACACCACGAGGAAAAUGACGAUUCACUUGGCAUCGCCACUGAGCAGGGUGGGAGGGCUCCAACAUUAUCAUGUUUUUACGCCCGGACAGCGAAGGAGGUGCGAGCAAGGACGAGGAGACGAAAGAGUAG